AACGAAGUUAAACUUAAUUUUGAACAUCGAAAUAACUAAGAAAAUAUUUUAUUUUCAAUCAUCAAUGUAGAUCUGUAGAAAUGAUUUAUUUUUAAAACGAAUAUUCAAUUAUAAAGAUAUUAUUUGUUAUUAAGAAUAGUUUUCCUUAGUAUCAUAAAAGAGAAAAAUUUUCUCUUUUAUUUCAAGAAUAUAUUUACAAAGGUUAUUUAACAGAAUCUCGAAAGAAAAAGUUCUGUUUGAACACAAAAUAUUAUUGUGUAUGUUUUAUAGAUAAAGUUAGAAUGAAUAAAAGUGUCAUACUUUGGUCUUAACUCGUUGAUGAACAUUCAUAUAUGAUAUAUCGUUGGAAUAAUUUAUGUUAUUCAUUGAAGCAUUUAGUGUUAAAUUAAUUAAAUGAAUUGAUCCAUUCUAUGAUCCAAUAAAUAAGAUUUUUUUUAUCUCAUUUAUUGAUUAAGAGAAUAUCAAAAUCAAGUACGAGUUUUUCUAAUUGUCAUCAUUUCAAAUUCUUUUAUUUUUUUAUCAUUAGUUAAUAGGGUACGGGUGUGGAUGUGGGUGUGGGUCUGUAUGGAUGGAUGGACGACUGAUACUCACACACACCCUAACUUUGACACUAUAUGUUUCGCUACAUACAAAAUCAAAUUUGAAAAUACAACUGCUUAUUGGAAAGUUGAAAAUCGUACAUUGGUGUGGUGAGCGGAUGUGGAUGUUUUCUUCUUUACAGUCACAUUCACGCUCAUUAUGUCUUUUAGCAACUGGUAUAUUACCUCCACGAAAAAACUUGUUUGUAAAUCGAAAUGUACGACUACAUAAAUUUAACCAACGUUUUAAACGACAAUCAUUAAUAUUUAAUAAAUAUCUUGAAAAGUUUCUAGAAUUAAUCGAAAUAAAAAAAAGUAUUUUUGAUUUUCUUUUCUACAUUCAUACUUUCCUUUAAUAAUUUUUUAUUCAUGUAUAUAAAUCUGCUCUAUAAUAAAGUUUUUUUUCGGCAAAUUUAUCUACUAGUAAUUAGGCACUAUUUCUAAUUAAGAUGACGAAACACCUCAUCACAUGAUAUAAGCUAUUCUUCGUUGAUUAAGCAGAAUUUAUUUUUUCGACGAAACGAGAACUAAUCACAUAGAGAGAGAGUGGUUGUACAUGAUCGAAAUAAUUGUAACGUUGAUAAUUCAAUCGAGAUAGGGAUGGUGGAUGUCAUUUCAUCGCAAUGAAAAGGUCAAGAGGGAAGAGCAAAAAUAAAUGUGAUAAGUGAACAGUUCGUAUGUUAAAAAAAAAACAAAAACAAAGAAAUCAUCCUUACCAACAAAUGAAUCUUGGAUGAGACUCNUUAAAAAGGUUAUUUAACAGAAUCUCGAAAGAAAAAGUUCUGUUUGAACACAAAAUAUUAUUGUGUAUGUUUUAUAGAUAAAGUUAGAAUGAAUAAAAGUGUCAUACUUUGGUCUUAACUCGUUAUGUUAAAAAAAAAACAAAAACAAAGAAAUCAUCCUUACCAACAAAUGAAUCUUGGAUGAGACUCAUUCAGAAGAAAUGACCGCAUUUACAAAAGAAUCCUACUUUUCUAAUUUUUGAUUUAUUCUUUAAUAGCAAUACAAUUCUCGAUCUAAACCAUCAAUGAAUUCUUUUCAUUUAAUCCUCAUUUAAUCAUGUGCUAUAAUUGGCAUUAAUAACCAGAGCUGUACAUCUAAUCUGCCAGGCUAGAGCAAAUGAUCUAUUACAUGAGUUUCGCUAGGAUUUAUUUACCUUUGUUCUAUUUUAAGAUUGACUAAAGUUUAGUGUAGCGACGUGUAUCGUCUCCAUUAUAAUCUUUUUUUCCUAUAUUGAUCUAAUAGCUAUUUUCUUUUUUUUCCUGAUCGUCAUGCUUAAAGUUGUUAUUUUUUUCGAUAAAUGUAUAUGCGAUGUAUAUAUGAAUAACAGAAAUUAGAACAUGCUGUGUUUAAAUGAAUUGUCCAAUAUCAUAUAAACAUUUCGUUUUUCUAGGUUCAUCAUAUUUUCGAAUGAAUUCAAGCAAUAACUGGCGGUCUUUCUUGAUAAACCUAAGUAACAAGCAUUCGUUUGUUUUAGAUUCUGACGCAGCCAUGGUGAUGAAUAAAAAGACAUUAGAAUCGUUAUCCAACGAAUUAUUUCUUGAUUUAUUCGAAUUAAUUGAUGCAAUUAAUCUUUUUCAUGCUUUUUAUGGUCUAAAUACUCGUUUUAAUUCGUUAUUAUUAAUUUAUUUUCAAAAUUAUCGUGUUGAUUUUCGCUCAAUAUUCAAAAAAGAUUUUGAUGCAUUCUACCAAAUGUACCUUUCAUCGAUAAUCAAUAGUAUAAUUUAUCUUCGACUAUCCGAUGAUGAGGAUACACUAUAUCAACGUGUUCAUUUUCAAUCCACUGAUCUUACGAUAGAUCGAUUUAAUAAUCUUUGUUCAUUAACAUUCAAUAGUUUUAGUUCGGAUCAGAAAAUUAAUCAACAUUUUUUUCGAACCUACAUUGUUUUCAUCAUUUAACACAAUUGAAAUUUGUCGAUUGUUUCACAUUGUCAUAAACGAUUUUCAAGAUGUGAUUGAUCAAAUUUGGAAUCUAUCGAAAUUGACUCAUUUAUAUUGGGAUAUCCGUUUUAAAGCUGAAAAAUAUUUUUCUAUACCUACUUGCAUAUGAACAUCGUUGCAAUACUUAACUAUUCACCAGAAUACAUGGUAUUCAUAUGAACUUUCCUAUUUAUUAGAAAAAGUACCUUAUUUACGAAAAUUUUCUACAUCGUUGGAUACUUAUGAAAAAUAUGAUUUUCCUCUUGUUCAUAUAUUUAAACCAUCACCUCAAACUUAUCAAUUACAAAACUUGUUCUCUCAUCAAUACGUUCACAACGUCUAAUUAUUAAUUUAUUUCAAUUAUUACCUAAUGUCAUCUAUUUAAAAGCUGAAAUAUUAUUUAUUAACUUAGAUGGACAUCGUUUGGAACAAAUUAUUAUUAAUUAUUUACCUCAACUUAAAGUUUUACAAUUUAAGAUAGAUUUGAAUCUUGGUCGUUCAAUUGAUGAUCAAACAAAUAAAGAAAAAGUUGAUCAAUAUGUUGCUACAUAUCGUACACAGUUUUAGAUAGAACAUCAUCAAUGGUUUAUUCGAUGUCAUUGGAAAAUAUGGAUAGAUGAUCUUUCGAUUUGUGUUUAUUCAUUACCGUACGUAUUUGAUGAUUUUCUUCCUUUUCUCAACAAUUUAAAUUAUCAUACAAAAUCAAUUUAUCCAUCUGAAAUGUGUUUUUCCUAUGAUUUUGUUCAUAAGAUCGAACAUGAACAAUCGCUGUUCAACGAAGAUCCGUUAUCCAAUAUUAAACUCAACAAUAUUGAAGUAUUAGGUCUUAAAUUUCCAAUUGAUCAUCGAUUUUUUUCACUUAUUCCCAUUGUUGAAAAUUUAUUUUCGCUUAAUGUAGUUAUUCCAACAGAAAACUAUCAUUUGCAAAUGCAAGCAUUACUUGAUCGUGCACCUCAUCUGUUCUCACUAGGAUUUGAAUCUUGGAACACUUCGGCAAUACCACCAUAUCAAUAUAACAGUUCAUCAGUACGUCGACUUGAUUUAGAAGGUCGUGAUCGAUCUAGUUAUGGUCAUUGUUUUGAUAGUAAAGAAUGUGUGGCAUUAAUUCGAUCACUGUUGGACAAGCAAUGUCGAAUACUAGUCAUUGAAGUGGAAGAACCCGUGUGUAUUUUGGCAUUAGUUCAUUAUAUGAUUAAUCUUUGA